AAGUGUUCGGUGUAAACUAGGCCAUUUUUUCACUCGCGUAUAUGUAUAUGUAUAUUAAUGUUCAUAGAUUAUUAAUUUAAGAAAACUCAGUGGUACAUACGUGUUGCUCUAAAAAAAACUAGAAGCCGCAGAAAUCGAGUGCAAUUAGGUUGAAAUAAAAUAUAAAAAGAGGAACAAAAGAAUAGAAAAAAAAAAAAAACGUUUCCGCCAUUUCUGCUUCGUUCGCGUGUCGGUGUAAGUGCGAUGGUGUGAGUCUCGCGUCCUCGACGGCUCGACGUUCCUUUCACCGGCAGGUCCGUUAACGAAUUGUACUCACGCCUCUCCUUGUAUUUUUCUUCAUCGCCUUCUACAUAUAUACAUACGCCUAAUCGCUGCAUCUCGAAGUAUUCCUUUUUUGCAUAUAUGACUGCAAUUGAAAGCACGAGUGCGAGCGUUCCUGACGCGACAGUGUCACCGACGGUGUCUGCGAUACGUUAACAUGUCUGCUCUUCAAAAGUCAAUUUUGAAAUCCAGACUACCACCGUCGGCUGUCAAUUUUUCGGCUUUGAACGCCAGACUUGGGAAAUCGAGGGGAACCCAACGGAAGAGAGACUAUGAACCGGUGCGGUGGAAUCCAUACUUUGAUCAUUCCAAGGAUGUGGUGGUUGGACAGAAUACUUUUCACGUUUAUAUCAAGGGCACCGAGGGACCGUUAUUAGUUUUACUGCAUGGUGGUGGUUACAGUGGUCUAACAUGGGCAGAACUUACAAAAUCGAUUAUGGCAAUGAUAUUGUGUAGAGUCAUGGCUAUUGAUCUUAGAGGUCAUGGGGAUACUCACACCACAGAGGAUGAAGACUUAUCCGCGGAAACUUUAGCAUCGGAUGUUGCAGCUGUUAUAGAUGCAAUUGCGCACGAUACUCCAAUAAUUCUUUUUGGUCAUAGCAUGGGUGGAGCAGUAGCUGUGAAAGCAGCUCCACUAAUUCCAAAUUUAUAUGGAUUAGGAGUUAUAGACGUCGUAGAAGGCACGGCAAUGGAUGCAUUAGCCUCUAUGCAGAGUUUUUUAAGAUCCCGACCGUCUAGUUUUAGCACUAUAUCUCAGGCUAUAGAGUGGUGCGUUCGUAGCGGGCAAAUUCGAAAUAUACAAUCGGCAAAGGUCUCGGUUCCUGGACAGAUAAAGAACAUUGAAACUAGCAAAUUAGCAACUCAUGAUAUUGACUCAUUGUCAAGCCAAUACAACACGUGUGAAUCUAACCCAGAACCAAUUGUAUCGCGAGAUGAUAUCAUCCAAGAGGAAGAGUCAUCCAGUAUGCCACCGCCACCAUCUGCGUCUUCUGCUACUACUAUUAACAGAAAGUAUGUCUGGAGAAUAGAUCUGUCGAAAACGGAACAGCAUUGGUUUGGCUGGUUUAAGGGAUUAUCGACAGCAUUUUUAAAUGUCCCUGUACCAAAAAUGUUGUUGUUAGCAGGAGUUGAUAGAUUAGAUCGCGAACUCACUGUAGGACAAAUGCAAGGUAAAUUCCAAAUGCAAGUAUUGCCCGCUUGUGGGCAUGCUGUUCACGAAGAUGUUCCGGAUAAAGUAGCGGAAGCUAUUGCUACAUUUAUGGUCAGGCACAAGUUUGCAGAGCCAGCAUCGGAUUUUCCGCGAACUUUUCCAGCUUGUUAAGAAAAGAAUUAAACAGUUGUAAUGUAAAUGGGAUAAUGUGAAGAAUAUUCUUUUAAUUUAGUUAAUAUAUUAACUUUAUUUAUUUCAAGAGAUUAUAACCACCAAAUAUGGAAACAUAUACAUGUAUAAAUAAAAUAUUUAUCUUGAUGAGAAAAAUAAAUGUUUUUUAUGUAUGUUAA